AUGUCUCUGAAGUUGGAAAUCGAGACUUGGGUAGCGGCCUUGGCCCGCUACGACAACAAUGAGUUUGACGAUUCCCUGAGAGAAUUCGACAAGAUCUGUGACACGAGCAAGAUUCUCUUUAACAUGGGCGUAAUUCAUGCCACAUUGGGCGAACAUGAGAAAGCUGUCGAAUGCUACCAACGAGCUAUUCGCUUUGACCAGUAUCUCGCCGUUGCAUAUUUUCAGCAAGGUGUAUCCAAUUUUCUGAUAGGUGACUUUGAGGAAGCGCUCGCCAACUUCAACGAUACGCUACUUUACUUGCGCGGCAAUACCAUGAUUGACUAUGCACAGUUGGGGCUGCUGUUCAAACUCUACUCCUGCGAAGCUCUCUUCAACAGAGGUUUAUGUUACAUUUACCUGCAACAGAAAGAGGCCGGAAUGCUGGAUUUGUUAUACGCUGCAAAGGAGAAGGUCGUGGAAGAUCACAACGUUAUAGACGAGGCUAUUGCCGAAGAUGCCGAGGGCUAUACAGUCUUCUCCAUUCCAGUUGGAGUGGUAUAUCGCCCAAACGAAGCCAAAGUUCGAAACUUAAAGACCAAGGACUAUCUUGGCAAAGCGAGGCUCGUCGCUGCUUCGGACCGAUCAAAUGCCUUUACGGGCUUUGCUGGCCCCGAAAUCAAGAAUGCUGGCAAGGCAGAGGCAAAGGACGACCGACCACCCGAUAACAUCUCGUUCGCUGCCACGAAUCUGGUCAAGCCAGGUAUUCAGUCUCGACGUCAGCAGUCAGAGCCAUCUGCCAACCGUAAUGUCUUCCCGCCAACGCCACCACCUGAGAACGACCGACCCACCAGGGGAGGCUCUGUGCGCAGUGGUUCGAGGCCAAUGCCCGCAAAGCUCACUAUUCAAACACAAGAUCCGAAUCGCAAGUACGAGAAAGCGGCCUCUCCCGAAGAGGCUCGUGCCACGAGGUCGGCGUCGUCAUCCGCACCAUCUCUCGGAUUUGCCAGAAGAGAUCCGGUGCCAACGCAACGUCGCCCAGCCAGACGAAUAGAAGAGGAAGACAACGAUGACCCCGCCGACUUCUAUGCGUCGAGGGACGCUCGAACUUCAGCACGCUCAAGGCGACAGCCUCGGUAUGCUGAUGAGGAUGAUGAGUCUGAUUAUGACGGCGGUUCGCUAGACGGAGCAGAGUUCGAAAUGGUGUCAAAUCAUCGCCGAGGUCAAGGGUCCAGAUCAGAGCCAAGAGCGCCACCUCGACAGCCUGAAAUCCACAAGAUUCGUGUCAAGGUCCACGCUGGCGACGUCAGAUACGUCAUGAUCGGCACUGCCACUGAAUUUCCGGAUUUUGUGGACAGAAUAAGGGACAAGUUCGCUGUGAGACGACGAUUCAAGAUAAAAAUCAAAGACGAAGACAUGCCUGAAGGAGACAUGAUUACAGUUGGAGAUCAGGAUGAUUUGGAAAUGGCCAUGCACAGUGCCAUUAAUAUGGCAAAGAGGCAGAGGCAAGAUGUUGCCAAGAUGGAGGUGUGGAUCUUUGAAAUGUAG